CGGGAAGGGCGGCCCCGGCAGUGUUUGAGGAGGUCACCCUGGAGACGCCCUAGGUGUCCAGGGGGACUGCUCGACCAAGCGAUGCCGGAGGCAGCAACGGGUCUUCUGCAGCUCUGCUGAAGCCGAUCCCAGGGCCCGGUGGUCCGACCUGCCACCCAGUGCAGAGCAGCAUCAGUUUUUCCUAUAGUCUGUGAUGAUGUCAGCUUUGGCUAAAGAGAAGCUGUUUCUUGCAACGAAGAAAAGGGGGAGCAUGUGUUCCCCAAAUUAUCGUGAGUUCCGACAGAAGGAAGGUCACUGGCGCGUCAAACAUUCUGUCAGUACCGUGUCCCACGUGGAUGAGCCCAGCCAACGUGAUGAAGCCUCUCGUCUCACAGUCCGGAUGGAGAACACCUACCAGUUAGGUCCCACCAAACCUUUCCCUGUGGCCACUGUCAAUCGUAUUUUGGAAGAUGUACUAACUACCUACCUACAAGAAGCAAAAUAUGACCCAGAGUUCUGCAGACAAAUGACUAAAACAAUAUCUGAGGUUAUUAAGACCCAGGUCAAGGAACUAGUGAUUCAGAGGUAUAAACUAAUUGUCAUCGUUUACAUUGGACAACGGGAUGAUCAGAGCAUAGUUAUUGGCAGCAGAUGCCUCUGGAAUCCUAACAGUGAUACUGUCUCGUCCUAUACUUUCAAAAAUUCCACUCUCUUUGCGCUUGCAAAUGUCUAUGCAGUUUACUUCGAGUGAUUGAAAGUGGUCCUCGUGUGUUAAAAUCAUGAACCAGGCUGUGUGUCUCUAUUCACAAAAGUUCUACUGGAAAAACCUGUGGGAAAAAGACAAGAUGAACAUUUCAAACAACUGGAAACUGCUUCCAUCACUCUUGUGAAGACUGGUGGAGGGGGAAGGGAGCCUAAGAAAAAGGUCUUGUUUGUUCAAAGCAGAAGUCAGUGCAGUUCACAUAAACAUAGAUGUCGACAAAAUAUCACGUUGAGUUCUAAUUAUUUUGAUUUAUCUUUUAGUUGAAGAGCUAGAAUUUCCUGGACCACUUUUUGGUAAAGUUCUAGAAAUAUAUGGCAACAUACUCUGGAUACAUAUCAUACAGGAUAGGAUAAUUCAAUGUGACACACAAAAAUAGUGAAUGUUAAUAGGCUUCAGUACUGCAUAUAAAAUAAUACUGGUUUUCAUUUUACAUUUAAUAAAUAGAGCAGCACUCAUUAGCUGCAAUUACUGUUACAUGUACCUGACAGCUGAAAGAUUUUGUAAUAAUUACCAUGGUCCCGUGGGGUCACUGGCUAAAUCUAGUCGCUCUUGUGGGUUGCCUGCACUUUACAAAAUUACAAGAGAACUGAACAUUGGCUCUUCAAUAAUGGAAACUAUAAAGUGGAUACAGGCUUUUAAGGACACUAAAGUAGACAUUGUGCUA